AUGAAUUCCAAUUGGGCUGCAAAGUGGGAGGAGAUGACCUCCAAAGAAGAGGAGGAGAUGCAAGAAGAAGAGGAGGAGGAGGAAGAAGUUGAUGCAAGGCUCCGAAUUGCAAAUAAAAUGAUGGCGGAUGCUGCAAAUUGGCGAAGGCAGUCAUGUGAUAACGCCGGCCAACCCAGCUUCUUGCCCCAUCAAAAGAUAACAUGCACACUCCGUAUGCUUGCCAAUGCAUGCUCAGCAGAUUCCUUGGAUGAAUCCUUUAGGAUGCCUGAGUCAACUGCGAUCGAGAACAUGGGACAAUUUUGUCGUACCAUUGUCACGAUCUACCAGGGACGUUACCUCCGGGCACCCACCUCAGAUGAUUUGGAUAGGCUUCUACAACGAGCUGAGAGACGAGGGUUUCCAGGGAUGAUCAGGUCAUUAGACUGCAUGCAUUGGCGGUGGAAGAAUUGUCCCACAGGGUGGCAGGGAAGCUUUAGCGGCAAAGCAAAAAAACCCACCAUUGUUCUAGAAGCCGUGGCAGAUUUUGACACAUGGAUAUAG